GCUUCCAGGGCGCCUGGUGGCCGGUUCAGGCGGACCGUCGCUGCUCUUGAGGCAAAGGGUAGAUUUCAGAACAUUCAAACUGAAAGCUGAACCUACUUUUAAGACUGAAAUGUCCCUUGGUCUACACAGCAGAGAAGACUGGGUCUAUUGGUUUAAUUGAAGUUGUGUAAAAAUACCUUAUCAUAGUCACAGUUAUUGGUGGGGCAGGAGUUGUUGUGAAUUACUUUCCUGCUGGCCCUCAUAAGGAGCAUUUGCAAAAGGCCCUCGCCUCUGGUGACUCCACCUUGCCGCAAGCAUUUUGUACCGCCUUUGAUUCAGAAGUCUUCACCAUUGAUUAGAGUACAAAGUGUUGAUGUACCUCGACAAAGCUGCAAAUGAAUGUUUCUCAAUGGAUCCAAAAUGAAAAGAUCAGAAGGAAAGCAAAGAAAAAAGUCUCACAGUGUUUCUUUGUCUGCUUGUUUAGCUUUGCUCUCUGACAAUGAACAAGCAGUGCAGUGCUAAAGUUAAAAAGCCGACCACAAUUUUUUUCGCCAUGCAAAGUACGCUGAACUAUUUUUGGAAAACAGAAGAUGUUCUGGGUCAAGGUGCCACUGCCAGCGUAUACAAAGCUCGCAACAAGAAAUCAGGAGAACUGGUUGCUGUCAAGGUCUUCAAUAAUGUCAGUUACCUGAGACCUCAGGAAGUACAAAUAAGAGAGUUUGAGGUGCUAAGGAAGUUAAACCACCAGAACAUUGUCAAACUCUUUGCUGUAGAAGAAAUGGAGAGCAAUAAACAGAAGGUGCUGGUAAUGGAGUACUGCUCAGGAGGGAGCUUGCUGAGCCUUUUGGAAGAACCAGAAAAUGCCUUUGGGUUAUCAGAAGCAGAAUUCCUCAUAGUGUUAUGCUGCGUGGUAGCUGGUGUGAAUCAUCUGCGUGAAAAUGGAGUGGUCCACAGAGAUAUCAAACCAGGAAACAUCAUGAGGCAAACAGGAGAAAAUGGACAGAGUAUAUACAAAUUGACAGAUUUUGGAGCUGCCCGAGAACUGGAUGAUGAUGAAAAAUUUGAAUCAGUUUAUGGGACAGAAGAAUAUCUUCACCCAGAUAUGUAUAAGCGAGCAGUGUUGAAGAAGCCCCAACUAAAGUCUUACGGGGUGACUGUAGAUUUGUGGAGUAUUGGGGUAACUUUUUAUCAUGCAGCCACAGGUCAUCUCCCAUUUAUCCCUUUUGGGGGACCUCGCAAGAACAAGGAAAUCAUGUAUAAAAUCACAACUGAGAAACCUUCUGGAGCCAUAGCUGGAAUCCAAGACCAAGAGAACGGGGCCAUUGUGUGGUCCUAUGAACUUCCAGUUGCAUGCCGCCUUUCUGUUGGUUUGAAGCGUCAGCUUGUCCCAAUUCUUGCAAACAUCUUAGAAGCAAAUCAAGUAGAAUGCUGGGGAUUUGAUCAGUUUUUUGCUGAAACCAGUGACAUCUUACAUAGAACAAUAAUCCAUGUGUUCUCUUUGCCGCAAGCUGUCAUGCAUUGGAUCUACAUCCACUCCUAUAAUACAGCAACCGUAUUUUUGGAAGAAGUCUUCAGACAAACAAAUAUGGCCCCUUAUUGCCAAGAAUAUUUUUUUGAGGGCCAACUAUUUGAAAUGGAACCUAACCUGCAGGCUCAACAUUUCCCCAAGACCACAGAAAAUUGCCCUUUGAUCAUGUUCAGCACAGAAACAGAGGAGCCAAUAGAAAUGAGAUACCUAGAUCCAUCUUUGGAAUUCCCCAAAUUCCUCCCCAAAGUCGAUGUCCUAACAGAUUGCAGCACAGCAAAGGAUGUCUUAACAGCAACUCACCAGACCCUGAGGAUAUCUCAUUCAUUUCUGCAGUGUCAAGAGCUCAUUGUCAGAGGUUUGUAUUGGAUAAGUGGAAGCCUGAAAGUAGAAUGCCUGCAGAUUCUAGAGAAGAAAGAAACCAUGGUUGCCGCACUUCAUUGCUUGCAACAAGAAGAAGUGAAGGUCCUAGGGCUGUAUGAGACUACUGUUGAAGAUGGCGAGGUUCCAGAGAUGAAAAGUCUAUCUGAAGUGAAAGCAAGGCUUCAAGCUAUUAGUGAAGAGAUUUCUAGAUGUACCCGUAGCAUCUCUGAACACCAAGCCACAGUACGGUGCAUUUUAUCUGAAGUGGGAAAGAAACAGACUCAAAUGAAAUACGACAGCAUUCAAAAGAUGGAGGCCUGCCUUGACAAGAUGCAGCACAUUUACAACCAGUUCAAAAAGGCUCGGAAAUGCCCAUCUCUAGGCUACAAUGAACAGCAGAUUCACAAAUUAGAUAAGAUGAAUAUAGGACAUUUAGCCAAAAAAGUUAUUUCAGUAUUCCAGGAUCAUUGUUUACUGCAAUAUCAAGCUGCUCUUUCAGCGCAUGGAAGUAGAAUGAGGAAAGCGUUUGAGAUAAGGAAGCAUCUGAAGAUUCUGAACAGAUCUUUAACUGCCUGUAAUGCAGAGAUGUUGGGAUGCCAGCAGUGCUUCAAUAAAGCUUUGGAUAUGUUGCCUCAAAGACUGCUUCAAAGCAAAAUCAUAUCUUCUACAUCUAUACAAGGUUACUUUAAUCAGAAACAUCAAGAUGUGGUAUAUGGAAUGCAAGAGCUUCAGGAGCAGAUGAAGAUGGUAGCUUACAAUCUCCAGGCCAACAAUAGCAUCAUCCAGCGGUUAAAUUCUGUUGCACCAGGCCUUUAGGAGAGAAAAUAUUUUGCAGAGACUGAAAUAAUGUUGUAGUGUGGGCAAAUCAACAUCCUCUAAGACUUGAGAAGAUAACCUCAACCUUCUUAAAAUGAUCAUGUAUUCUAUCUCCACGUUUAGCACUUUGGCGUGGCUGUCAGCUGAUUCAGCUAAUCAUCAUAAUGUGACUGGUAGCCAAUAAUAAGUUUUUCAAAGGUAUUAUAUACUUAUUCUGGUGGAUUACUUCAGUGAAAAUAGAAAUACUGUUUCCUUGGUGUUUUAGAGCAUCCUAGUAGACACUUGCUGGGAAAAAAAGAUGCUAUGAAUUUGUGCUUGCCACGAAGCUUUCCAAAGCACAGGGAAUUAAAAUGAAUAUCUGGGAAGGUUAUUCCUUUGGAGUUUUAGUUGCUCAGAAGUGUAUCUCCAUAGUAAAGACAAUGAACAUAAGUAUCUUCUGCCUUUGUGAAACUAAGUCAUUUCUUGAAAUUUGCUAACAACCAUUUAGGGAGAAGCUAGGGAGAUAACAGUUGCCAUUCCAAGUCUCUUGGUAGGACCAGGACUGCUGAAAUUCUGCCCAGCUGAAGCCAAUCUGUACCAAUUUUGUCUCCUACUUCCUGGUCUUUGAAGGAACACUGUCUUGGGAUGGUGGGAUUGCAGCUAAUGGAACAAUUGCAAAGGGGGUGCUCUUUUGGGAGCCCUUACAAUGGCCUCUUAUGUAAGUCAACCUUUUUUCUUCAUGUAUAAGUACUGGAAGGAAUUUGUGCUUUAAUGGGGGAAGGAUUACUUCAUUUUACUGGUUUUAUUAAC